UACUCGCUAAUUCGCCAGAAAAUCGUACCAUGUGUCAGAUUGGUACACUACUCCAUACCACCUCCGGAUCCAAACGUCGUCGUCGGUGUACGAAGCACUAAACACACACACAAAAAAUGCUGUAAAAAGUUCUUAUGCAUUCGAACGAAUUGAUAUACAAUAUCUCUCUUGUGGUAACCGCAAAACGCGAUCCGAAAGAAUCGUCAAUAAGCAGCAGAGCGAAGCAGAAAAAGAAAAGCGUUCGAAAGAGGAAAAUGAGAAGAAAAAAGCAAACAGAGUCCUUGCGUGAUUAACCGGUUGCAAACCGUAGAAAUCGAUCGGUUCGAUCGCUGUUCGCGAAAACAAAGAGAAAACAGCGCGAAGAAAGCGUGAUCAGUUACGCGAAACCGAUUGGAAGUGGGUAGCAAAACAUAAGAAAACAAAAAAACAGAAAUCAGCUAUUUUAUACAACAACGCAAACGCGAACGCUGACGCAUGUUCGUCAUCCGUGUUCGUGUGUAAACAGAUGAAUGAGAUGAACGGAUGCAUGAGUGCAUGCCUGUGACGUGCGAUGAAUGUUUGUGUGAGUGCGAGUUGAUGUGUGCGAGUGUAAAAUUUGAUGCCUUAUGAACACUAAAAAAAAACUGAAACAGAAAGCGUCGGUGAUGCGGUGGAGCAGAGUACCAUUAGAAACGGGGGAACGAAGAAGAAGCAGUGGAGGGAAGAAGGAAGAGAAAGUAAAACAUGAAUCUGCACAACUCGUAAAUAUAUAUACACGAAAAAACACACACAAACACACACAUACACACGCAUAUAUAUAGCAACAUUUUCAUUUUUCUUUUCUAGAAACAAAACUAAACGGUACUCCCUCAUCGCGGUUAAGAUGUUUGCGCUUCGUUUAACGAAGCAUAAUGGGUGACGCAAGAAAGAGAAACAUGAAGAAAAUGUGAGAGAGAGCCAGAGAGGGAUAGAAUGAGAUGAAAAGAGAAAAGAAAAUCGAUCCUUGUAACCGCUCGAGAUGGAAUUGGAACUGGCAUAUGUGUAUGUGUGUGUGUGUGUAAAGCAUAUUAGAAGAUGGCUAGGGGGAUGAGGGAAAUUACCAAUCAAUUUACAGCUUCUCGUAAGCUGCAGCGGCAGUCUCUUAUAGAUUUGUAAAAACCAAACAAACAAAAAACCAAAACAACUACCACAUAACGAAGAAUGAAGCAUAACGUCCAAAGAAAGAAAGAAAGCAAGAGGAUCAGCGCGAUGUGAACGUAACGCGGAAUCGAAGAUACUGUAAUUGAUGUCUGGCGCUGUGUCUACAUGGAAUUGCCUCGGUGUAGGUCUAGCGCGUCGUGCCAUGUUUCGCAAAGCAUCACUGACAGGAGAAUGCUUUAAGCGAGGCAUCGCAGCACUCAGUCCAGUCCAAUCUGUAGUAGGAUGCUUGCAUUUCGGUUGCAUCUUCAUCGUUUCCUAUGCGCAGCUCCGUUGAGUCGAACUGCGAGAUCUGCUGCGAUGCAUUUAGUGAAAUAUACACACACGAACACCGGAUAUGAGCCGAAGUGUCGAAGAAAUUUAACCACCACCACUGUCUAAACGCAUUAUAGAACUCGCGAAAAUAGGAGUUGGAGCAGAAGAAGACGAAAAUCGAAUCGAAGUUCAAUCCCAUAUACAAAACGGUGUGAAGAAGAGAAAGAGAGAGAGAGAGAGCAUAGUUCACAAUUUCGUGUCGAAGCCCCAUGGGCAGCAGAGUCCCCAUGUCGCGUAAAUCCGUGAUGCCAAGGUGCAAUCGAGGAAUUGGAAUCGAUUAAUCGACUAGGAACCGGGACAGUGGGUGGAAAAAGAAUAAAUGCUUUUCCUUCUUUUUCGCGGA